AUGCCCAAGAAAUACCACAAAUUCACAAACUCCAGGCCAAGUUCCACCAUCCAUCCAUCGCUCACCUCUUUUGCUGCUUUAGGCGCCAAAAAUAGCGGCUCCAAGGCUGAAAGCGGUCUCUCCGUGAAUGAUCUCAUCCAUCACCUUCGCCGCACGCAAGUGUCCAGACAUGAUGAGGCUGUCGCAGGACCUUCGCUGGUGGCUCCCAGGUCUGUCCAUCCCUCGAUAAGGAAUUUGCUGGAGCUCCCUGAGACUCCUCCUCCACGCCCGCGCCCCGGGACCCGGGUCGUUGGUGAGCGGAGGGUGCGGAGAACACCUGGCCCAGCUGCUCCCAUGAGCUGGCUGGCACCUAAUAAUAUGGCGGAUAGAGGGCAACCUGAGGGCGAGAAUGAGCACGAUGAUGCUGGCAAUGACAUUGGCGGGAGAAAUCUUCGGUUAGAUCGUCUGCCAGGCAUACUUUUCCCGCAAGAGCGUAGCCUGCAGCAUAUGAUUUUGAAAUCGAUGGCGCUGAACUGGGACUCGCACCUCUUGUACGAUGGUGUGUUUCUGUCUGAGCUUCCAACCCUGUUGAAGCAGCUGCUCCUUAGUUACAUUGCUACAUAUACACACCACGCUUCAAUGGGGAUAGGAAUGAAAGGCUUAAAACCUCUGUUCCUGGAUGGUUCCGAAGACGAUGUCACAGAGACCCCUUCGGAUGUUAUUCGUCUGGACCUGGGCUCCGCUAUUGGCCGCUGGAUCACACUGAAGCAACUAACACGAGAGGUGAAGGCUACGGAUGGACCUGAGUCCCUCUCCCACUCCAAAAAGCAAGAGAACACACCCCCAUUCUCCUGGGAAGAAGAAGCAGAGGCACAACAGUCAUCCUCCAUUAUCUCCGCAACCCUGCCUCAACCCCUCCAACAACGCUUCCACAACCUCAAAUUCCUCUCCCUCGCCAACCCCAUCCCCCAAGAAGCCAGCUGGCCCUCCCUCCUCAACCUCCUCAACCACCUGUCAACCAUAACUCACCUUUCUCUCGCCUUCUGGCCUACCCCAACCCUAACGCCAAACUCGCUCACAGCAAGCAUGAAAAGCCCAAAACUCAGCUCCCUCUCCUUCGCCUACGGCGGAACAGAUAUGUAUUCCGCCUCCGAAAACAACUGGAUCGAGGCAGCCGCCGUCCUCCGCAAACUCUCCAAGGCGACCUAUUGUCUCAAAUGGCUGGACUUGGAAGGGUGUAGCGACUGGCUGCCAGCGCUAAGCUGGAAUGGGAUCGAUGCGCAUGGGAAUUUCCACGUCACGGCUGGCCCGGAGUGGAACGGGGCGUGGAGAGGGGUUGAGUGGCUGGCUCUGGGACCGGGCUGGUUCCCGGAUGUUUCUGAUGUGGAGGACUUGUAUUUUAUUUACGAGAAGGACAAGGCACCUCUGCGUGGGGUUGAACCUGAAAGCGGUGACCCUCCUACACCUGGAUCAUCGAGGGUUCGGGAUAGGAAGUUUUGCAUAAAGGAGCGGGAUGAGUAUCGGAGGCUUAUUGGGUCUGCGGUUGAGGUGAAGAAGCAGGUGCAGGCAAUUAGGACAAAAGGGGGUGGGAAGUGGCUGGAGGUUUCUCUAGGGCCGGAGAGUGAAAGGGACCUUAGGAUGAGGGUGUGUGGGGAUAUAGUAAAGUGA